AUGAAGGGUGGAAAACAAUCAAAGAAUAAGACAAUUUGGGAUUAAGUUAAGAAUGAAGAAAAAGACUUCUAUUUCAACUUCCUCACCAAAAAAUAUAGAAAUCUCCAAAAAAAACUUAAAGACAUUGCUGAUUUAGAAGAAUUGUAAAAAACAAAAGAAUUGAAACCUGAAUAAAUUUAGAAGAUCCAAAACAAAGAUGAGAAUAAUGAAAGAAUUAAAGAAUUAGAAGCCUAAGUCUCAAAUUGGUUGUAAGCUAAGAAAGAAGCAGAAUAAAGUGGUUCAAUCAUCACCUAAGAAGCCUUCAUCCUCAUAUUGGAACAUCUAUCUGAGAAUUAAGACACCCUAGAACUGCUCUCUUAAGAUCAUUAAUCUUUAUAUGAAUUGGCUAAAUAGCUUCAAAAUAGAGUCAAUAAUCAAUAGAAGAAGAAGGAUCAAUAAUGGAAGGGUUUGAAAUUAAAACAUUAAUAAUAAUAACAAGAAGUUCAUCAUCAUCACCACCACCAUCACCAUGAAGAACCAACCUAAUAAAUCUAAUAGUAGCAUUAAGAGACUACUUAAUAACCAGAAACAGUUGAAACUCAUAAGGAACACCCAGUUUAAUAAGAAUAAUAUGUAUUGAUUAAAGCCAGUCCAAAGAAAACAUUCUAAGAAGAAAAUCAUUCAUAAGUUCAUUAACCUAUCGAUUAGCUUGCAAAUUAACAUAAUGAAUAAUAAUAGGAAUAGAAUCAUCCUCAAUAAGAAGUUCCACAAUAAUAAUAGGCACCAGAAGAGUAAUAACAUGAUUAAAGGCGUAAUCAUCAACACCCAAGAGAUGGACAUAAACACAAUCAUCAUGAUGAUCAAAGAAAAGGAUACAAAAAGAAUUAUCAUAAUGACAGAAGAAAUAACAAUAAUGGAGAUAACAAUAAAUAAUAUAGAGGAAACAGAUAUCAUAAUAAAGAUAGACAAUAGAGAGAAGAAUGGUAAGAGAAGAAGGAAGUUUAAGAACAUGAUUAAAAUAAUGAUCACUAAGAUCAAAAUAGCUCAGAUGAGGAAUACAUCACAAUCGAACGUAGAACAAAAAAACCCCAAUAUUAGCCAAGUCGAGGAGCUAAUAGACAUCAUGAUAACAGGAAUAGGUAACAAAGAAAUCCCACUGACAAUCAAGGGACUGUAAAUGUCUAAUAAUGAGAUUAUAUUUAAAAAAUGUAUAAAAUAAAA